ACUGAUUUGAAUCUUGCAGGGAAGCACGGCUUAGUGACGUUAAUGCUGAACCCAAUUGCACAGUGACGACGCAUCCUCCCUCGUUGAUGGAUCAUCGAUACACGACCACCCAAGUGGUGCAGGCUUUUGAGUCCAAACAUUCAGAACGUUGGAGAGAGAAUCUUGCAGGGAAAGCGAGAGGACAUACACGCCAGCAUCACCCAACGAGAUGAACCCUCUCUGCUGAGGGCUGAGAGAGAAAGAGGAUUGGACAACUUCCCCCUCUCUUUCCCGUUCAUCUUUUUUAACUCCACCAUGUUCUCCUUGCUCUGCUUUGGCUGAUAUUGUUGCCUGUGGCUCGCUUUGCUGUUGGCUUUUCUGCUUCAUUUUUCUCCUUUGGUGGUAUAGCCGAGGCUUCACAGGCGGAAGCAAAUAUAAAAAGAGAUUCGCACUCUUUCGGAAAGUAAAAGAGGAAAAGCAGAAAGGGCUUUCUUUGGAUGCUAUUUUUUCUUUCCGCUUCUCUUUCCCCACUCCGUUAGGCUUUCUGGACUGGCGCUCUCAACGCUCUCUUCUUUGUCUUCUCCAAUUGGGUUUUUUGUGGAGGCAGUGGAUAAGAAAUCUCAAGAUUGAGUUUUGGUUGGGGAUUCCAGUUCUAUUGUUUGAGGAAUGAGUUUGGGGCUUUGAGGGUUUGGGGGCUUUGAUAAAUGAAGGGCCUUUGGGGGGUGUCGCUGCUGGUGCUCGCUUUGUGGCGUCUGUGGGCGGGAGGUCUUUGUCAAGAGGAUGCGGCCGUGUACAUUGUCACCAUGAAGCAGCUGCCCACAGCUCAUUACUACGAUCAGGCGAGGAGGUUAGGGAGCAGUGGAGUAGGUGCCAGAAACUCGGGAGCUUUCGCUACCCUCAACAAACCAAUCUCCAGGAACGCAUCAAGAACAGAUACAAGUUACAGCUCAUAUCUCAUUCGCCUCCAGGAUUCGCUGCUAAGGAGGGCAUUGAGAGGGGAGAAAUAUUUGAAGCUGUAUAGCUAUCAUUACCUGAUGAAUGGCUUUGCCGUGCUUAUUACAUCUCAACAGGCAGUCAAGCUUUCUAGGAGGCAUGAGGUGGCAAACUUAGUAUUGGACUUUUCAGUUAGGACUGCAACUACACAUACUCCUCAAUUUCUAGGUCUGCCUCAAGGAGCUUGGGUUCAAGAAGGUGGGCCAGAAUCUGCAGGAGAAGGAAUUGUAAUUGGGUUUAUUGACACAGGAAUUGAUCCAACUCAUCCAAGCUUCUCCGACUCUCUUUCUAUCAAUCAAUAUCCUGUACCAGCUCAUUUUUCUGGGGUUUGUGAAGUCACAAGGGAUUUUCCAUCUGGGUCAUGUAAUCGAAAGCUUGUUGGUGCUCGCCAUUUUGCAGCGUCUGCUAUUAUUAGGGGCAUCUUCAAUGUGACUCAGGACUAUGCUUCACCUUUUGAUGGUGAUGGGCAUGGAACACAUACUGCUUCUAUUGCUGCUGGCAACCAUGGUGUUCCUGUAAUUGUGUCUGGACAUCAUUUUGGAAAUGCCAGUGGGAUGGCUCCUCGUGCACACAUUGCUGUCUAUAAAGCUCUCUACAAAAGCUUUGGCGGUUUUGCAGCUGAUGUUGUUGCUGCAAUUGACCAGGCAGCUCAAGAUGGUGUUGACAUCAUAAGUUUAUCAAUCACGCCAAACAGGCGUCCUUUUGGGCUAGCGACCUUUUUCAAUCCUAUAGAUAUGUCAUUACUCUCAGCUGUAAAAGCUGGAAUAUUUGUUGUGCAAGCAGCAGGGAACACCGGGCCUUCACCUAAGAGUGUAUCUUCCUUUAGUCCUUGGAUAUUUACUGUGGGUGCUUCAGCUCAUGAUAGAGUAUAUAAUAACUGUCUAGUGCUUGGAAACAAUCUAACAAUCUCAGGAGUUGGACUUGCUCCUAGAACAGACAGUGGUUCAAUGUACCCUCUUAUCACUGCUAUUCAUGCUCUGAGAAAUGGCACAACCGAAAUGAGCGAGUUCUUGGGAGAAUGCCAAGAUUCUAGUUAUAUGAAUGAAGAUCUUACUGAUGGCAAAAUAUUGAUCUGCAGUUAUUCUAUCAGAUUUGUUCUGGGUCUAUCCUCUAUAAAACAGGCCCUAGAGACGGCCAAGAAUGUUAGUGCAGUCGGAGUAAUAUUCUACAUGGAUUCCUUCGUUACUGGAUUUCAUCUUAACCCUACUCCUAUGAAUAUGCCUGGUGUGGUAAUACCCUCUGCAGAUGAUUCCAAGAUAUUUUUAGAUUACUAUAAUAGCUCCUUAGUAAGAGAUGAAACCUCCAAAGACAUUAUCAAGUUUGGUGGCACAGCCAACAUAUUAGGCGGUCUUAAAGCUAACUACAGCAUCUCUGCCCCUAAAGUCAUGUACUAUUCUGCCAGAGGACCAGAUCCAGAAGACACCUCACUAACCGAUGCUGAUAUCAUGAAACCUAAUCUCAUAGCUCCUGGCAAUUUGAUAUGGGGUGCUUGGAGCUCAUUAGGAACUGAUUCUGCUGACUUUCAAGGUGAAAGUUUUGCAAUGAUAUCCGGUACGAGUAUGGCAGCUCCACACAUUGCAGGGCUUGCUGCUCUUAUCAAACAGAAAUUUCCAAGCGCUAGUGCUGCAGCUGUUGCAUCCUCACUCUCCACGACUGCUACACUCUACGAGAGGGAAGGUGGCCCCAUAAUGGCACAACGAGUUUACAGAAAUCCAGAUUCCAGCGAAUUACCGGCGACACCCUUUGACAUGGGCAGUGGCUUUGUUAAUGCAACAGCUGCUCUAGACCCAGGACUCAUCUUUGAUACAGGUUAUGAUGACUUCAUUUCCUUUCUCUGUGGCAUCAAUGGAUCUAGUCCUGUAAUACUGAACUACACUGGCCACGCUUGCGGGGUUUCCAGCAUGACAGGCUCAGACCUGAACUUGCCGUCGGUCACAGUUUCGUUUCUCAAUGGAUCCAGAGUUAUAGUGAGGACAGUUACUAACAUAGCAAAUGAUGAGUAUUAUACUGUCAGUUGGAGUUCUCCUUAUGGAGUUUCCUUUUCAGUCACACCAACACAGUUUUUUAUCGCAAGCGGGCAGCAACAGAGCUUACUUCUUGUGCUGAAUGCCACAACGAAUAGCACCUAUGCUAGUUUCGGAAGAAUCGGGCUCUAUGGCAACCAAGGCCACAAGGCCAUAAUUCCUUUGUCUGUCAUCUCAAAGGUAACACAAAUCACCACCUAAGCAGAAGGAAAUGCUGACAAUUUUGCUUAACCUGGCAGAUGUAGUUGACUCGUUUGUUUAUUCAUUUUGUUGUACCUUGAAACUACCUUUCUGUAAUUAGAAUGGAGUGACAAAUAAUUGAAAGUGUAUAUUAGGCCUACCUAUCUGGUUUAACAAAGCUGAUGGCUGUAAUAUUUAUACAA